GGCGUUAAUCCAGUUUUGAAUCACCUCCUUCUGUUGAGAGAGGUGGUUGGUUUCGCGGACUAUUCCUCUCCCCCUUCUCUUUUCUGAGAGGGAGAGAGAAGAAACCAUCGCCCCUUCCAUCUCUGCCUCUUCGUUCUCUUCCCUUUCGUUCUUUAUAUAUAUAUACAUAUAUAUACAAGAUUUAGCCGCCGUUGUUUUGAUUGUCGUCGGUGGAAGUUGAAAAAUAAUAAAAAAUAGAAAGCCAAAGAAAGAGGGAGAGAGGAUAACGAAGAGCAGAGAGAGAAAUGCGGGCGUCGCUUGCCGCCGGGUUUUGGCUCUUCUUGGCUCUCUCGGCCGUGGUGGUAGGGGGAUUUCCGGCGGCCCUCACUCUGGAAAGGGCUUUCCCGGCGACAGGUCACGGGCUAGAGCUGAGCCAACUCAGAGAGCGUGACGGGGCGAGACACCGUCGAUUCUUGCAGUCUUCUUCUUCUUCUUCCGGCGUCAUUGAUUUGCCCGUCGAAGGCACCUAUGAUCCCUACCUUGUUGGGCUUUAUUUUACAAGAGUUAAAUUGGGUUCUCCUCCAAAGGAAUUCUAUGUGCAGAUUGACACUGGAAGUGAUGUAUUGUGGGUCAGUUGUGAUUCUUGCAACGGUUGCCCCACAUCUAGCGGACUUCAAAUUCCUCUUAACUUCUUCAAUCCUUCAAGCUCUUCCACAGCUUCAUUGAUCUCUUGUUCAGACCAAAGAUGUGUUCUGGGAGCUGAUUAUUCAGACUCUGGCUGUUCUACUCAGAAUAAUCAGUGCAGUUACUCAUUCAAGUAUGGAGAUGGCAGUGGGACAUCAGGUUAUUAUGUAUCAGAUGUGAUGUAUCUCAACCUAGUUGUUGAGAAUUCGUUGACUUCAAACUCUUCCGCUCCCAUUGUCUUUGGCUGUAGCACGUCACAAACUGGGGAUUUGACGCAGUCGGAUAGAGCAGUAAAUGGAAUUUUUGGAUUUGGGCAACGGGGACUGUCUGUCAUAUCUCAACUUUCUUCACAGGGAGUAACCCCAAAUUCAUUCUCCCAUUGCUUGAAGGGAGAAAAUGGUGGUGGUGGCAUAUUGGUUUUUGGUGAGAUAGUGCACCCAAAUAUAGUUUAUAGUCCACUGGUACCGUUGCAGCCACACUAUAACUUGAAUCUGCAAAGCAUAGCUGUUGAUGGAAAGGCAUUGGCAAUUGACCCAUCUGUGUUUGCGACAUCAGAUGAUCAAGGAACAAUAGUAGAUUCUGGCACAACUUUGGCAUACCUUGCAGAAGAGGCCUAUGAUCCUUUUAUUAAUGCUAUUACAUCGGCUGUUUCACAGUCUGUACGCUCUGUUCUUUCCGAGGGGAGUCAAUGUUACCAAACCACUUCGAGCAUCUCUGCGGUAUUUCCAACUGUUAGUUUAAACUUUGCUGGCAAUGCAACCAUGAUUCUUAAUCCUGAGGAUUACCUUAUACAGCAAAGUUCUACUGUUGGUUCUGCAGUGUGGUGCAUUGGAUUCCAGAAAAUUGAAGGUCAAGGCUUAACAGUUCUAGGAGACCUUGUGCUAAAAAACAAGAUCAUUGUUUAUGAUCUCGCUGGCCAACGGAUUGGAUGGGCCAAUUAUGACUGUUCGUCGUCUGUAAAUGUCUCUGAAACCACUAGUUCUGGCAAAAGUGAGUACUUAAAUUGGCGACAGAUUGGCGAGAGCAGCUCCUCACAAAACUCGCCUCACAGGCUGAUACCAAUGAUAUUUGCAGCAGCUUUUGUCACCACCUCAUUUUUGUAACAUUUGGUGCAAGAGGCUCUACUUCUCCAUUCUUCUUUUGUGUCCUGUCCUUCUGUACAGUCCUGUGGCCAAUUCCUACUCGUACCAAUUGGCAUGGCAAUAUUAUUUAUCCUACUGCUGCUUUAAUUCAUGCUUUCUCUUCAGUUCU